AUGGAGACUGUUUUCCAAGAAACCCAGUACCCGGAUGGACUCACAAGAGCGGUGCUUGCCAGAAACAUGGAUGCGCCUGAAGCCAAAGUGCAGGCUUGGUUUAACAACAGGCGAGCCAAACAGAGGGCCCGGGAGAAGAAAGCAAUGCUCAGGAGUGCACCACGUGCUGAAGCACCCAUGGUCUUGCCGACUGGAGAGGGAAGAAAUGAGGAAGAGAGUGGAAGCGGCCAGCCUGGGUCGCGAGCCCCAACCGCAGAACUGGGAGGAGUAGAAGAACUAAGAAGGAUGGGGCAGAGUGGAGAAAGUCCCUCUGUUGCUGUAGCUUCAGGACUCACAGAUGACAGGAACCAAGAGGGUACCAGCCACAUUAGCCAGGAGAGGGAGCAUUCACCUCAGAAGCCAGUCCCCGAGAGCAUACGGGACCCCGAGGCUGUACAGCCUGUGCCAUCAACCUGUGUCGUUCACUGUGCCCCAGGUACAACCUAUGCCUGUCACUGUGCCCCACGUACAGCCUGUGCCCAUUUCUCUACCCCACGUAGAGCAUAUGCCAAUCACUGGGCCCCAGGUUCAGCCUAUGCCUGUUCCUGUGCCUCAUAUACAGCCUAUGCCAAUCCCUGUGCCCCAGAUGUUGACAUCCACCCUGUGCCAGUGCUGGUUCCCCACCGCCGCCUCCAUGACAGGUUCACAAGGCUGCAGCUGCAGGAGUUGGAGCGUGUUUUCCGGAGAAAUCCUUAUCUAAAUGCUGAUGAAGGGAAACAGUUGGCAAGACGGAUGAGCGUGACAGAAGGCAAAUUGCAUAGAUGGUUCAAGAGGAGGAGAGAGCAGUUCUGGAGAGGGUAG